AUGUCGACGCUCAAACGCAAGGCCGGUACGCUGUCUGCCGCGGACAACAAGAAGCCCAAGCAAGAUGGCAGUAUCAUGUCAUUUUUCGGGGCCCCGAAGCCGGCGGCCAAGGCGAGUGGUGCGGGCGCUCUGGAGACGUCGCCCGCCGCCAAAUUUGAUAAGGCCAAAUGGAUUGCCGGCCUAACGGCCGAGCAGAAGGAGUUGCUGCAGCUCGAGAUAGACACUCUGCACGAGAGCUGGCUGGCACUUCUCAAGGACGAGGUCACCAGCAAGGAGUUCCUUGAUCUCAAGCGCUUCCUGAACCGGGAAUCAGAUGCUGGGAAGAAGUGGUUUCCUCCAAAGGAGGACGUGUACUCUUGCCCUAACCAAGAGCGCAGGUCCCGCCAUUGCCCGUUCAACACCGUCAAGGUCGUCAUCCUCGGCCAAGACCCCUACCACAAUCACAACCAGGCCCACGGCCUCGCCUUCUCCGUUCGCCCCCCGACUCCGGCGCCGCCCUCGCUGAAGAACAUGUAUAUCGCCCUUAAGAAAGACUACCCCACCUUCUCCCCGCCUCCCAAUAAGGGCGGCCUCCUGACCCCCUGGGCAGACCGCGGCGUCCUCCUCCUCAACACGUGCCUGACGGUGCGCGCCCACGAGGCCAACUCGCAUGCGAACCGCGGCUGGGAACGCUUUACCCAAAAGGUCAUCGACCUCGUCGCCUCUCAAAGAACCCGCGGCGUUGUCUUCAUGGCCUGGGGCACCCCCGCCGGCAAGCGCGUAUUCAAGGUGGACACCAAGAAGCACUUGGUCCUCAAGAGUGUGCACCCCAGCCCGCUCAGCGCAUCCAGGGGCUUCUUCGACUGCGGUCACUUCAAAAAGGCUAACGAGUGGCUGGUAACCCGGUAUGGCGCUGGCGCUGAGAUCGACUGGGACCUGAGCGCGACCAAGAAGGUCGAGAUUGACAAGGACGGCGAGGUCGAAAAGGCUGAGACGGAGGAGAAGGAGUCCAAGACCUCGCCCAAGGGCUCUGCCGAAGGAGAUUCGCCCAAAGACGACAAGGCUUAA